CUUCCCAUUCUGCACCUCUAUCUCUCACUAAUUUCGAUAUUGCCACUCACUGAAUACCAAAAACCCGAACCAAAACGCAAUCGGUUUAAGCUAUGGUGGAAGAGUUGUUGUCGUCGUUGGCUAAUUCUGAGAAGCUAACUCGGACUGACUCCGUCGAGAAAAAACGACUCAGAGAAGAAGACGAAGACGACGUCGUUACCGACUCGCCGGAGGUGAAGAGGUUGAGAGAUGAUCUUUUCGAUGUUCUCGAUGACUCGGAUCCUGAACCGGUGAGUCAAGAUCUCGACUCGGUUAUGAAAAGUUUCGAACACGAGUUAUCAACCACCGCGACGACCGGAGGAGAUACUCAGCCGGAUCUCGGUUAUCUUCUCGAGGCUUCUGAUGACGAGCUCGGUUUACCACCUCCUCAUCCUCCUCCUCCGUCGGUGGUUUGUUCUUCGGUUCCCGUCGCGAAAGAGGAAGAGACGACGGAUUUAGUGCGAGUUUCGUCUGAUUCGUCUGGGAUCGAUGAGAUUUGGGGGUUCGAAGAUCACGUUUCGGAUUAUGCUGAUUUAGAUUUUUGUCCCGGCGCUGGAGAUUACGUUGCUGUUGAAGGACUUUUCGAGUUUUCCGACGAUUGUUUUGAUUCCGGCGAUCUAUUUUCGUGGCGGUCGGAGUCGUUACCGGCGGAAUAAAUAACAACAAACUUCUCGGCGUUUUUUUAUUUAUUUUAAUUAGGUGGGAAAUGGAAACGGUGCCGUUUUGUAAAGCGUUUUGGCUCUCCCUACCGUUUUAUUUUUUUACCGUAUCAGUUUAUGGUAGAUGGUUAAUAUAUCUCUAUAUUAAUUAAAAGUUAUUAGGAUUUAGGAAAAAGUUAAAUAUUUUGUUGUUAGCUGGGAAGUACUUUUGCUUAGAUUAGUAUAAAACGAAUUCGUUUGUUUGUUCUUCUCA